CCUGCACUUUCCAGGCAGAUAAGGAAGGCCUGGAGGCUCCCYGGGUGUUAACACAGAGCUGUCUGUAAGGAGGAGGGUGCUGGCGUGGUGGCAGCUGCCUGCCCAAGCAGGAUCGGGAGCUCCGCGUUUCCCUGAGCGAAAUUUAGCAGCGUUUAAUUCCCUCACAUGGAUGAAUUCACCAAAAAGGCGUUGGAUCAGGGACAGCCAGGACAGUGUGUGGUUGCCAUCCCAAGCUGAAGGGGAAUGCCCAUCUCUGCCUGCCUGCUGCGCCCUCCASCUGGCACCAUCGCUGGGGGAUGGCUUAUCAGGUGAAGACCACAGAGCCCUUAAAAUAGCACCGGGUGUGUUUCGGGUGUGUUUCAUCGGCUGCACCCAGCUCCUGUCCUACAGCCGAGGUGCCGAGCACUGCACCUCUCCCAUYCUUCUGUGGAUCUCGGGGUUCUGCUGGGGAACAUCAGAGGUGCAGAGCCCUUCCUCUGAGCACCAUGGAGCCCCCAGCUCACAGCCAGAAGGUGUCCACCCCUCCUGACACGAAGAUGGCAGAAGUUCUGAACGCCGAGUUAAAYACUGCUGUGAGGAACAGCAAUAAAGAAGCCAUGCUGGAGCUGCUGGAGCAAGGGGCAGAUGUCAACUCCAAGGUGGAGAGCGGCUGGACACCCCUGCAGACUGCAGUGCAGGCUGGGAGGGAGGACCUGGUGCGGCUUCUGCUGGACAGGGGAGCUUGUGUGCGUGCCAGGAAGGACAAUGGUGGCACUGCCUUUACCGAGGCAGGGAUAAUAGGAAACGUGGACAUCCUGAAGCUCCUCCUGGAGCACGGGUCAGACAUUAAUGAAYGGGACUUCAAUGGCUUCACAGCUUUCAUGGAGGCUGCGUGGUACGGGAAGGUGGAAGCCUUGAGGUUCCUGUACAGCAGAGGAGCAGAGGUGAAUUUGAGGAGGGUGACCAGCAAUGARAAAGCCAAGCUGCACAAAGGAGGUGCCACAGCGCUGAUGGACGCUUGCAGGGAGUGCCACUUCCCGGCCGUGAAAGUCCUGGUCCAGGAGAUGGGGGCUGAUGUGAACAUCCGUGACAAUAGGGACAGGAAUGCCUUGAUCCACGCUCUCAAGAAGGGCUCCAAAAAGAAAAGAUAUGAGUCGCUUGUCUCCAUAGUUCGUUUCCUGCUGGAGAAUGGUGUGGACGUGAAGAGCAAAGAUGAAUGUGGGAAAACUGCCCUCAUCCUGGCUGUGGAAAUGGAGAACCCGGAGCUGGUGACAGCUUUGUUGGAGAAGGAUGAAAUAGAUAUUGAUGACGCAGAUGAGGAUGGCAACACAGCCCUGAUGGUGGCUGUGGAGAGAAGCGAUUGCAACAUAGCAAAGCUGUUGUGUGAAAAGGGGGCGAGGACUGACGUGGGGAACCUUAUUGCGGUUGCAAAGAGAAAUCGUUCCCUUAGCAUGGAAAACAUUCUUCGGGAGCACAAGGCCACGUUUGUCCCAGAAACCCCCAGAGCCUGGGAGCCAAACAGCAAACGCUGGAGGGCCCAGCUGAAAGAGCUCGAUCGAAUGUAUCGCCCCAUGAUUGGCAAACUGAAGACAUUUCUGUACAUCCAGCAGAGGAUUCAGGAUGGCAUCUACCUCGGGCUCCACGGAGGGACAGAGGUGGCAGUGAGGGUAACCCGCAGUGCAGAYGGUGACAAAGAGAAAAGGUUCUUUGAGCAAUGCUCUCAGUCUGAACAUCUGCUGAAGCUCUUCCAGUCMGAGAAGGAAAAGGGUUGCGUGUACUUGUGCUUCCCACUGUGGGAGAAGAACCUCCAAGAACAUCUGCAGGACCCUGAAGGCUGCAAGGAUCACAAAGCUGUUCUGAAGAUGAUCUUCCAGGCACUGAGAGAGCUGCACUCCCUUGGAUUUGCUCACCAGGAUCUGCAGCCCGGGAACUUUGUAAUAGAUUUAGGUGGCAAAAUUUACCUGGCAGACUUUGGUAAUAAAAGAAGGUUGAUCAAAGGCCAAGAAGAACUUGUAAACUCAGAUUUAAAGGCAAGUUCUCUGUGUAUCAACCCAAAAUUUUUGGUUCUCUCUGAUACUUUCUGUUGCUGUGGGUCCUAGAGAAAGUCUUUUUGCAUCCCCAGCUAGAGAAUGCCUUGAUUUGUGGGAAAAUCAAUGAAAUGACAGAUAUUGCAUAAGAGUGAUGGUGAUUUGGGCGCCCAUCUCCUCUGUUCUUGUGCACAUAACUUUGAGUUUUGUCUUGGUGUGGAUUUUACACUUCUGGGCACCUCCAGGGUGUAGGGAUAUGAGUCCUCUUCCAUGGGGUUGGAAGUUGGGUGCUGCUGUGGAUUUUACACUUUUGGGCACCUGCAGGGUUUAGGGAUACAAGUCCUCUUCCACAGGGUUGGAGUUUGAGUGAUGGUGUGGAUUUUACACUUUGGGGUACCUGCAGGGUUUAGGGAUAUGAGUCCACUUCCACGGGGUUGGAAGUCGGGUGCUGCUGUGGAUUUUGUGGGUGCUGCAGGCACUUUUGGGUGCCUGCAGGGUGUAGGGAUACGAGUCCUCU